ACCAGCCAAUUGCUCUCGAGUGGAAUGUUUACCUAGCCCUGCCUACCUUUGCGAAAGAGGCGAGGAGGACACCUGUGGAUAGGUAGAGCCACUCGAACAGAGAAGAGAGAACACGAUUAAGCGCCCUCCUUCCCUCCGAUAAAGGAAAGGGCCUUUAGGCGAGCAUUUCCCGUUGGGCUUGAAGCGAGUCGCAACCUCCGCUUCUAAUCAGGCGUCACUUACCUGAAAACUCUCAACCUGUUGGGUUGGACCAAGGGGCCUGAGGUAGAAGUGGUGGCGGCCCUCGAGUGACUGACUUCUGUCUGGCACUACCUUUCAUCAUCAGCUUCGUCGCCAUGGCUGCAGCUCCGCCUUUCUUGGAGCGAGAAUCCGCCCAAGCCGCGCUCAUGUCAGCCAACAUGCAUCAAAAUGGACGAUCCGUCGUCCCACCUGGGGGUCUGCCAGGUGCAGCCAAUCCGUUCCUGAACUAUUUUCAAAUGUGGGAGAAACUGUGUGGUUCAGCGGGCCUCAUGAGUCCGCCCAUUUCGGAUUCAAGUCAGAACUCGGAGAAGAGUAGUGUGAGUGGAUCGAGUGGUAGUGGUAUUAGUAAUCAUCAGCAACAACAGCUACAUCAACAUCAACAACAGCCAUCAUCGCAGCAUUUACCUUUCUCGCCUCAAUCCUUCUCUCGUGACAUGCUACUCCAACAGCACCAAAAUAGUCAAGUUUCAAUGAUGACGGCGAAUAAUCGAUCGCCCUCGUCGAUAGGAAAUCUUCCCCUGCCCCCACCUCUUCUUCAUCAAUCGAGGGCUGGUGGACCCACAACCACAUCGCACACUCCAUCAAAGCUUACGGGAAAGGCUAGUCGUCUCGGUCAAAUGCAACAGAUCACAUGCAAUUGUGGGUCGACAUUCCCGAAUCUGGAGGUCUUGGAACGACACAUGAUGGCCACUCACCCGGACAAAACAGAUCUGCCAUGCACAAUUUGUUCGAAACAGUUUCAAAAUCUCACGAAACUUCAACGACACAUGGCCAACCACGCCGAUGGGCCCGAAUUGAGAAAGUUCAAGUGUCAGGAGUGUGGAAAGGCUUUCAAGUUCAAGCAUCAUCUUAAGGAGCAUGAGAGAAUCCACACAGGAGAAAAACCAUUCAAAUGCCAACAUUGUGAUAAGAGAUUCUCCCACUCCGGGUCGUAUUCUUCCCACACCACGAGCAAGAAAUGUCUGCAAAUUGGACGUCGCCCAAAUUUGGGGGGUGCUCCUGGAAAUGGCGGUGCCUCGGGUCUCAAUGGAUCCCCGGCAAGUUCCUCACGCAAUAAUGGACCAGUGGAUGGUUUAGGUCUUAGUAAGCAAUUGGCUUGGCAGCAAGCUGUCUCGGCUGCCAACCACCAGGUCCCCUCACGAGGAGGUCAAGGAGCAAAAAGUCAUGUCCCAUUGAGUCCUCCUCUCACCCCACUACCACCGAGGUUCCCAGGGCCGCCCAUGAUGUCUCAAAACUUCUUCCAAAACGCCAACCUUCCCCUUCUGAUGGCUUCGCAAUACCCGGGGAUUCUGAAUAGAACAGGCAUGACGGGGGGACUGAUGCCAAGUCCGGAAUUGUUAUUUCACCAAUUAAUACAAAUUCAGAAUGUGGCUGCAGCCUCGGCGGCCAUGGCUGCUUCGCAAGGGCAUCACCAAAGCCCCAAGGGCAAUGGAAUGAAGGAAGAAAAUGGACAUUUAAAAGCCAAAUCUCGCCACCAUUUCAACGCUGCACUGGAUCUCAAGCGAGAGGAGGAAAUGGUAGAAGAUGAGAUGAAAGAAGACGAGAAGGAAGCGGUGGCUCAUGUUGAGCCAAGCAACUUCAACGAUCAUCUGGUCAAGAUCAAAACGAUGGCCAUGAUGCGCUUCAUUGAAGAACAACGUCGUGCUAAAGACAACACUCCUUUAGAUGUCCAAGGUGAUAAUAGUUCUCUGAAAGAUCUUAAAUGUAAGUUCAGCUGUGGCAAGGUACUCAACACCACUUUGGAGCUCGCUCAACACCAUGAGGUCUGUGCCGGACCCAAUGAAGAUGUGGACGUGGAAGAUGAAACGGAGAGUGUCAAUAGUGACUUGGCAGAUGCUGAUGAGGGAAUGCAGAUAAGCAACAACGAUGCCUCAAUCGCCUCCUCCACGGGGAGUGCGAGUGGAAGUAGCUCUUGCGGAGGAAUGGCAGGUGGAAGUGGAGGAGGACACAUGUUGAUGUCCCAAGAUGAAAGGAAGGUGCGUGUCCGGACUCUCAUCUCCGAGGAUCAGCUCGCCACCCUCAAGAGCUAUUACUUGCACAAUCCUAGACCCAAGAGAGAGGAACUGGAAAAGAUUGCAGCCAAGAUAGGACACCCUUUCAAAGUGGUCAAAGUCUGGUUCCAGAAUUCACGUGCUCGAGAUAGAAGAGAGGGAAAACCUGUCAAUCAAUCCAACAACAGCGGAACCGCUGGGAGUGGAUUGACAUCCUCGGGAACUUUGCCGUUUCUUCCUCAGAAUGCGGCUGCCGCCAUGGCAGCUUUUAUGAACGGAGGAUCAAGCUCUUCCCCAGGAGCUGCCAACAGUUUUCUCAACAAUAGUGCAUUCCCUUUGGCGGCCUCUGCAGCCCCUGGUUACUCUUCAAUUAUGUCAGGGUUAUUUCCACGAAUGACCAGAACCACGAUGGAAGACUUGGCCAAGACAGCGGGUGACAAUGGAAGCAGCCUCGUGGCUAAUAAUACGGAUGUCCCGAUCUCGGUGGUGGACGACCGCAAAUCGCCGGACUCGAUCGAUUUCGAGAGUAAUGAGGAGAGGCCAUUGGACUUAUCUAACAAGGGAUCAUCCCCCUCGAGCUCACCAGUGUCCAACCACGAGGCACCAACUCUGAGAUCCCCUUCGAUGGUGGAUGAUAGGAGUAGAUUUUUCUCUCUCGGAUCCGGCUCAACUCCGACGUUCUCUAAUCUGGCCAGUUUACAAGAUCUCUAUCGAUUCCCCAUGGGCCUAACCGACUCGGGAGGCUCCAAUGACGAAGAGGGACAUUUUUCAUGCGAAAAGUGUGAUAAAACAUUCCCCAAGCGGAGCAGCCUCGCUCGGCACAUGUAUGAGCAUUCAGACCAACGCCCCUAUCCCUGUACGGAGUGUGACAAGGCGUUCAAGCACAAACAUCAUCUGAGGGAACAUAUGCGACUCCACACAGGAGAAAAACCCUUCCAAUGUGAUCGUUGUUUCAAAACAUUCUCACAUUCCGGCUCAUUUAGCCAGCAUCGCAAUCACCGAUAUUCCAGUUGCAAGCCAGCGACGCCCCAAAACCCCUCUUCCCCUGCCUCCACGUCCAACGCUCACAAUGAAUCGACCUCCUCACCGCUGGUUGCUCGCUCAUCGCCCGUUUCGAACGAACCUUCUCCGUCAGCGCAGGAUGCCUCAAUGGCGACACCGACGCCGCCUUCUUCAACGGCGCCCAGUGAUCACCAACUCAAUGACCUCCAAAGGGCAAAACAGGACCAAGAGGCAGAGGUAGCCGAAGAACGCAGUAGUAGCAUUGACGACGACGACGACGACGCGUCGAGGAUCAAGGAGAAGAAGAACAGGAAGGACAAGAAGGACAGGAGGCCAAGGACAGAAAUGACGUGAAGCACCGGCCUGACCUGCUCAAUUAAAGAACUCCUCCUUCAGGCGGCUCAGGCCUCCAGGCCCUUGGCUCUCCCACCGAAAAGCGACCACACCGCCAAUCUGAGUCUAUGGAAUUGGAUAAUUAAGAUCCUUCGUUACACCAUAUUGAAAUGAAAUAUGAACCAAAUAUUUGGUAGAUCCCAGUAUAAAGAAGCUAUUUCGAUCCAACUUUAUUUAAA